CUCUUCUCUAUUACACAUCCAGCCAUUUGGUCUAUUCCCUUAACUACCCAUUCUUCUCUCUCUCUCUCUCUCUCUAUUUCCUCUUUCUUUCUGUCAUCAGUCUUCUCUAUUGGCUUCUCUCUCUCUCUUGGUGCAGUUGCAGCAUCACUUUCUGGUCCCUAGCCUUGCUCUUCAGGCCACUUCUGUGAAAAACUUCUUGGCUAACUGUUUUUUCCAGCCCCAAUCACACAUUUUUUCCCUUUUUGGCUCUUUUGUGUUUUGGGCCUCCUGGCAAGUGUUUGGGGGGAUAGUUUUCUAUGGAUGCUGCUAAUUCUGUGGAGGAUUGCUGUGUCAAAGUGGCAGUUCAUAUUAGGCCACUCAUUGGAGAUGAGAAGCUCCAGGGUUGUAAAGAUUGUGUUACACUGGUCCCUGGGAAGCCUCAGGUGGUAAUUGGCUCACAUUCCUUUACUUUUGAUCAUGUUUAUGGGAGCACCGGCUCUCCUUCGUCUUCCAUGUAUGAAGAAUGUGUUGCUCCUCUCGUUGAUGGCUUGUUCCAAGGCUAUAAUGCAACUGUUCUAGCCUAUGGUCAGACGGGUUCGGGGAAGACAUACACCAUGGGUACCAGUUUCAAAGACGGAUACCAAACGGGACUUAUUCCCCAAGUAAUGAAUUCUUUAUUCAGCAAAAUUGAAACUUUGAAGCACCAAACGGAAUUCCAACUGCACGUAUCCUUCAUUGAGAUACAUAAAGAAGAAGUACGAGAUUUGCUGGACCCCAGUUCUAUUAAUAAAGCAGAGGCUGCAAAUGGACAUGUUGGCAAGGUAACCAUCCCUGGGAAGCCACCAAUACAAAUUCGUGAAACAUCGAAUGGUGUUAUUACUUUAGCGGGGUCCACUGAAUGCAGUGUCACGACUUUGAAAGAAAUGGCUGAUUGCUUGGAGCAAGGAUCACUAUGCAGGGCAACGGGCAGUACAAACAUGAACAAUCAGUCGAGUCGCUCUCAUGCCAUUUUUACCAUUACAAUGGAGCAAAUGCAAAAGCUGAGCCCAAUAGUUUCCAAUGAUGCAAAUAAUAAUGACUGCAUGACUGAAGAAUAUCUUUGUGCCAAGUUGCAUUUGGUGGACCUUGCUGGAUCAGAACGUGCCAAAAGAACAGGAUCUGACGGUCUCCGUUUUAAAGAAGGAGUUCACAUUAACAAGGGACUUCUUGCCCUUGGAAACGUUAUCAGUGCACUUGGGGAUGAGAAAAAGCGGAGAGAAGGUGUUCAUGUUCCAUAUCGGGAUAGUAAACUCACUAGGUUAUUGCAGGAUUCACUUGGUGGAAACAGUAAAACGGUCAUGAUAGCAUGCAUUAGCCCAGCUGAUAUAAAUGCUGAAGAAACUCUUAACACUUUGAAGUAUGCAAAUCGAGCUCGGAAUAUCCAGAACAAGCCAGUUGUUAACAGAGAUCCAGUAUCCAAUGAGAUGUUGAAAAUGCGCCAACAGCUAGAGUAUUUACAGGCAGAGCUUUGUGCCCGAGGAGGAGCUGCUUCGUCUGGUGAAAUUCAGGCACUUAAAGAUAAGAUUGCUUGGCUUGAAACUACUAAUGAAGAGCUAAGUAGAGAAUUACAUGAAUACCGGAGCAAAUGUGCUGCCCCUCAACCAUGUGGUAUAGACACUAAAGUUCGUGGUACCUUUCCAGUAAAAAGUGAAGGGCUUAAAAGGGGUUUGCAAAGUAUGGAGUCAUCUGAUUAUCCAAUGACUGAGAAUGAAACUCUAGCAGGCGAUCUUGGAGACAUGGAUGAAGAAGCAGCAAAAGAGUGGGAACACACUCUUCUGCAAGAUUCUAUGGGCAAAGAAUUAAAUGAGUUAAACAGACGGUUGGAACAAAAAGAGUCCGAGAUGAAGCUUUAUGGAGGGUUUGACACAACGGCUCUUAAACACCAUUUUGGAAAAAAGAUACUGGAACUUGAAGAGGAGAAAAGAGCUGUGCAGCAAGAUAGAGAUCGCUUGUUAGCUGAAGUCGAAAACCUUUCUGCUAAUUCUGAUGGACAAGCACAGAAGUUGCAAGAUAUCCAUUCCCAGAAACUUAAAGCUCUUGAAUCACAGAUACAAGACCUUAAGAAGAAACAAGAGAGCCAGGUUCAACUUUUAAAGCAGAAACAAAAGAGCGAUGAAGCAGCAAAAAAAUUACAGGAUGAAAUACAAUCCAUCAAGGCACAGAAGGUCCAAUUGCAACACAAGAUUAAACAAGAAGCUGAACAAUUCCGUCAAUGGAAGGCAUCUCGAGAAAAGGAAUUGUUGCAGCUAAGGAAGGAGGGAAGAAGGAAUGAAUAUGAGAGGCAUAAACUGCUAGCUCUGAAUCAACGCCAGAAAAUGGUUCUUCAAAGAAAGACAGAGGAGGCUGCAAUGGCUACCAAGAGGCUGAAAGAAUUGCUUGAAGCACGAAAAUCUUCAGCUCGGGAAAACUCAGUGAGUAACAAUGGAAAUGUAGCAAAUGGACAGAGCAAUGAGAAGUCCUUACAGCGUUGGCUUGACAAUGAACUUGAAGUAAUGGUCAAUGUUCAUGAAGUUCGUUACGAGUAUGAGAAGCAGAGCCAAGUGAGAGCUGCAUUGGCUGAGGAACUAGCUGUUUUGAGACAAGUUGAUGAAUUUGCCUUGAAAGGGCUUAGCCCUCCGAGAGGAAAAAAUGGUUUCUCGAGAGCAUCUUCAAUGUCUCCAAAUGCCAGAAUGGCAAGGAUUGCUUCUCUCGAGAACAUGCUAGGCAUUUCAUCGAACUCUCUAGUUGCAAUGGCCUCACAGCUCUCGGAAGCAGAAGAGCGAGAGCGUGCCUUCAGCAACCGUGGCCGCUGGAACCAACUACGCUCGAUGGGCGAUGCGAAAAACUUGCUUCAAUAUAUGUUCAACUCUCUAGCAGAUGCAAGGUGCCAACUUUGGGAGAAGGAACUUGAAACUAAGGAGAUGAAAGAGCAGAUGAAAGAACUUAUCAGUGUAUUACAAGAGAGUGAAAUUCGAAGAAAGGACAUCGAGAAGGAGCUGAAGAUGAGAGACCAAACUGUUGCUAUUGCGUUGGCAACUUCAGCUUCGGGGAACUCAAACAAGCACUUAGCCGAUGAAAUGAGCAGUCCCUUGUCUCCAAUACCCGUGCCUGCACAGAAACAGCUCAAAUACACACCCGGGAUUGCUAAUGCUUCAACCAGAGAAUCAGCAGCCUUUGUAGAUCAAGCACGGAAGCAGAUGGUGCCAAUGGCAAUGGGACAGUUAUCGAUGAAGAAAUUAGCGAUUGUAGGGCAAGGCGGGAAGCUUUGGAGGUGGAAGAGAAGUCAUCACCAGUGGCUAUUACAGUUUAAAUGGAAAUGGCAGAAGCCUUGGAGACUCUCUGAAUGGAUCAGACACAGCGAUGAAACAAUCAUGCGGACAAAGCCUUAUGGGCAUUCCCUACCUAAUAUCUCAGCUAGAAAUGGUCAUUAGCAAGAGUGCGAGGAAUGUAAAUUCCCCAUUUGACAUCUGUUCACCCGAUACAUGGUAAAGGAAGUGCUCCGAAAUAAGAGAAGGUUGCGUUUUAGUCAGUGGAAGCAGCAGGGGGAGUUUGUUUCAGCUGUAAUGGAAGAACCGUAUUUUAGGGGACGAGAAUUUUUGGUCUUAGAUAAUCAUCAAAACAUCUUGUGAAUAUGUUGUGUUGCUGCUUCAUAGAGUCACCAGAGUAAUCAAACAACUGCACAUGAGAUCUAGAUAAAAGGAUUUGAAAUGUCUGAUUGACUGAUAAGAAGGAAAUGACAGAUGGUGUGUAUAGAUUUUGGUUUUUUUUUUUUUUUAAAAAAAAGUAUGAUAAUAGGAUAUUCUUAGGUAACAGCAAUGUCAAGAGGCUAUUUUUUUCCCUCUAUUUUCAUUCUUUUGAUUUGUUUUUGGUAACAAUUUGUGUAUAGUGUGUAAGCACAGUAUUGGUUUUAGUAAAAAUAAGAAAAUGAGUUCUGAAGUGUUCUCUGCA